GCUUGUAUUACUGGCUUACUGGCUUUGUUUAUGUGGGGAACGAAAGUGGAAGGCCAAUAAGAGCAUGCUUUACAUUGCUACUCAAGCUACUCAAGGUCGUCUGUCCGUUAAGUUAUUUUACCUCUGCAAUACACACGGUACAAGGCCAGUGGACCCUCUCCAAGACUGACAUUGUUCGUAACGGUGUAUUGUUACAAGUACCGUUUCACGGUGCACAGAAAACAACCAGCAAAAAGAAUAUAGAUCUAUGCUAAAAUAAUUCUUGCUCACAGCCGAUUUUGUUCCAUUCAUCAUGGAUGUGAAAAGUUCUUCAGCAGAUAUGAAACAGUCAACAUCCACUUAGGGAGUAAGCCCUCUUGGUUCUGGGAGAGAAACCCUUUGGGCACGGUGCCUGUGUUGGAGAAAGGGGACCAGGUGGUCUACGAAAGUACCGCCACUUGUGAAUGGUUGGAUGAUCUGUAUCCUCACAAUGGACUCACGCCCACUGACCCUUACGUCAAAGCCAGGGACAGAAUUCUUCUCGAGUACUUUGGAAAGAUUACCGCUCUCUUCUACGGCAAACUGAGAAAGGCUGACCAGCUGGAAGAGGGAAUUAAAGAGUUGCACACGCGUUACCAGUUCUAUGAGGACGAGCUGGCGAAGAGAAAGGGGCCUUUAUUUGGUG